UCAGGUGCACUCGAUGCUGUUAUGUUCCUGGCGUUUGGGUCUCUCUCCUUUUUAUGGAAAGAUGGCGUGAACUUCAGUUUAAGAAUAUUCGGUAAUCCCUCUCAGGACAUACUGUAACAGCUGGCAUUUUGUGUUGUACUAAAUCGAUUCCAUACAACAGUCAGUAGUAAUUACGGCUGGAUUCUGACAAAUUCCAAAGCAUUUUUCAGUAAAUUUAGCCAAAGAAAAUAACAUCAUUACUGCAAAAAUUGAACUCAAUUUAAAAGUUAAACCCAGCAACUCUGCUUCGUUCCACAAAAUAUUAAGCAUUUUACUGGUAAGGAUUUUUUCGAACCAUUAAUUUUUUUAUUAAUACAGUUGGAAUGGUUUUGAGAAGAUAAUGACUUUGUAGUAUAGGCUUCUUAAAUAAUAUGGCUUUGAAAAAAAUCUGACAUUGAAUGUUCGUUAUGAAUAAAAAAUGAGAACUACUAAGGCCUUUCAUAUAUGGCAUAGAUGUACAGCAGCAAUAUGGGAUCAAAAGGAUGCUUUGAUGUAGAAUGUAAGGUCUUCUCCAGUAUUAAUGGAAUCUGAAUGUACCCAGUUGUAUCAGAGUUUAAUUUUGUUUGAUAUAAGCAUAAGUUGCUUUACUAUAUGGUAUGUGUGGUUUAUAAAAGUUAAAUAUUUUAAGUUCUUUAAGCCAUGAAGAAGGUGGCAGUUUGUGUGGUAUAGGUUGUAGAGUAUAUGUAUUGCUGUAGUUAGGUAAUCUGUACUACACAGAUUAUGAUGUUCUUCAUGACAAAAAGAGCUUAAAUUACAUACAUACAUGUACACACACAAUAAAUACAUACCCAGUACAUACAUACAUAGAGCCCUAAUGAUAGAAGUCUGCUUGCACGCGUGUGUGUACAUACAGUUGACAAAAUUUAAUCAUUUUUCUUUUUUCCCUCAGCAGCAAAAGAAAAGUCUGCUAAUUGAAUGCGUUCUUCUUUAAAUUAUGUAUGGUCUAUUUUUUACUUUCUUUGUGUUUGUAUUGUUUCAUUUCUAGCUUUGUUUUAUAUAAGGAACACUUAUGCAAUUGAAUGUCAUUCUUGAUUAGUUAGAAUAGUCUAUGACAGUAAAGCAAAGUUGCCUUUUAAAAUUAUUGGGAAAACAACUUUAGAGGUAGAUAUUAAUGAAACGUUGCUUUGUUAGUUUCGUCCCUCAUUUUUUAUUUUUAGUUUAGUUAUUUCUGUUUUUAUUUGGUGUUUAAAUAACUAUCCUUAUCUUUGUAACUAUUAACUUCUCUCUGUAUGGAUUUGUAGCAUCCAUUAAUGAUGUCAGGCUUUGUAGGAUAAAAAAACAAAAUUCAUAUUGUUGUAUUCUGAAACAGUUUAGUCAAGGUGAAUUUUUUUAUACCAACUUUCACUUUGAUAAUUAAAAAAGUAAUUUAGAAGGCUUAUUGUAGGAUUUUACAGUUUGAACGUUUUCAGCUCAAAUUUGGAAAGCCCAUUUUUCUUUAUUCUGUAAUAUAAAUCAGCAACUUCAAGACCUGAAGGGUUGAAGUGAGCCAGUUUUUCAAGUGCUUACAGUAUCUAUUUUUUUGUUUGUUUGUUAAUGUGUUAAAACAUGCUUUUAAAUUACUGAAUUUGCUUCAGAGAUAAUUGGGGAAAAUGCGUUAGAAAAUGAACUUAAAUACAUUGUGUGGUUCUUCUGAUUUCUCAAAAAAAUGUAAAUGGAGUGUAUUUUCCGUUAUUAGGCAGCAGUGAUCCAAAUUUAAACCACAUGGCCUCCCUCGUGUCAGGCCAAUGUAAAUUUUAAUUUUGCCACUUUCUUUUAUGUUUUUAUUGUAUAAUCUCAUGACCUGAAUUAAGAAAAAAUCUGUCAUAAUAGCCAGCAUUUAUUGUUUCUUACCAUGCACCAGAUGCUCUGUUGUAUGCUUUAGCGCAUCUAGUUAUCAGUUUUAAAUUACUGUUCUCUGUUUGCAUAUAAGGAAACUAAGGCUUACUAAGGUUAAGUAAUUGUCCAGGAUCACAGAGCUAGCAGGACUAGUGGUCAGGCUGAACGCCAGAGCAAGAGCUCUUAGCUACUUUACUACACUGUCUUUAUUCCUUAUUUUGGAAUAAGCAUUAAUUAAGACAGUUACUGAAAAAAAAAAAAAAAGUUUAUAUUUACCUAGAAUACAUCAAAGCCUAUUUUUUUACUAAAAGAAUUUACUUUUGUAUAUUAGCUUGGAUUGUUGAUUUAGUUUAGAUUGCUGACAGUUCUGUAGAUAUGUAAUAUCUUGCUUCAUACUUGUGGUAAAUAUUUUUUCAAGGUAAUGUGCAGUCUUUAGUUAGAGAACCGUUGUAGUUGUUGUAUUAGGAUAAGUGAUUUAAAAUAUUCCAGUUAGUCACAAAUUCCUGACAAUUUAUGAAGUCUUCGUUCUACAUUUAGAAAUAAAGUUUAAAAUUAUGAUAACAGAAGGGAAGGAAUUUUAGAAUGGCUUUGGUUUAUAAGAAUGUCUUAAAAGUCCUCCGUCUACUCAGUAAAUGGUCCCCAACCCAAUAUGUAAAAAUCUGUAAGAAAGCCUUGACAUUGCAUAAAGAACUUACAUAUUUUUCAUUAGAAAUCAGAAACUCUCACACUUAGUAUUUGUAUGUAGUCUGUAGAUAAAUUUCUGAAGUGGUGUGAUCUCUUUGGUAGUGUGUUGAAAUAACAGUUUUGAAUUAGUUAUAGAAUGUUGUAAUUUAGUGAUAUUCCUUAAGUUUAAAAAAAUGUGUUCCUUUUCUUUCUAGAAAAGGCUUAUAGGAUAUUGAAAACUUGGUAGACAACGUGGCUGCAAGCGGUUGAAGUGAAUUUCACUGCCGAGUCCUGGCUGGAGAGCAUUUGGAGUGUGGUGGACAACUGCAGCCUGAACCAUGCCAGCUUUAUCCACAGGAUCCGGGAGUGAUACAGGUCUCUAUGAGCUGUUGGCUGCUCUGCCAGCCCAGCUGCAGCCACAUGUGGACAGCCAGGAAGACCUGACCUUCCUCUGGGAUAUGUUUGGUGAAAAAAGCCUGCAUUCACUGGUGAAGAUUCAUGAAAAACUGCACUACUACGAGAAGCAGAGCCCGGCUCCAGUCCUGCAGGGCGCAGUGGCCUUGGCAGAUGAUCUGGCCGAAGAGCUUCAGAGCAAGCCAUUAAAUAGUGAAAUCAAAGAGCUGUUGCAACUACUGUCAAAACCCAGUGUGAAGGCUUUGCUUUCUGUACAUGACACUGUGGCUCAGAAGAAUUAUGAUCCUGUCUUGCCUCCGAUGCCUGAUGAUAUUGAUGAUGAAGAAGACUCAGUGAAGAUAAUCCGUCUGGUGAAAAAUAGAGAACCACUGGGAGCCACCAUUAAGAAGGAUGAGCAGACUGGGGCCAUCACUGUGGCUAGAAUCAUGAGAGGAGGAGCCGCAGAUAGAAGUGGUCUUAUUCAUGUCGGUGAUGAACUUAGGGAAGUGAAUGGAAUCCCAGUAGAGGAUAAAAGUCCUGAGGAAAUAAUACAGAUUUUGAGUCAGUCCCAGGGAGCAAUCACGUUCAAGAUUAUACCCAGCAUCAAAGAGGAGACCCCGCCUAAAGAGGGCAAGAUGUUCAUCAGAGCCCUCUUUGACUAUGAUCCUAAUGAGGACAAAGCAAUUCCAUGUAAAGAAGCUGGCCUUUCUUUCAAAAAAGGAGAUAUACUUCAGAUUAUGAGCCAAGAUGAUGCCACGUGGUGGCAAGCGAAGCAUGAGGGUGACGCCAACCCCAGAGCAGGGCUGAUUCCCUCCAAGCAUUUCCAGGAAAGGAGAUUGGCUCUGAGACGACCAGAAAUAUUAGUUCAGCCCUUGAAAGUUUCCAACAGGAAAUCAUUUGGUUUUAGAAGAAGUUUCCGUCUCAGUAGAAAAGAUAAGAAGACAAAUAAAUCCAUGUAUGAAUGCAGGAAGAGCGAUCAGUACGAUACAGCUGACGUCCCCACGUAUGAAGAGGUGACCCCGUACCGGCGACAGACCCAUGAGAAAUACAGACUUGUUGUUCUGGUUGGCCCUAUCGGAGUAGGGUUAAAUGAACUGAAACGAAAGCUGCUGAUCAGUGACACACACCACUACGGUGUGACAGUACCACACACAACCAGAGCCAGAAGAAGCCAGGAGAGUGACGGCGUUGAAUACAUUUUCACUUCCAAGCAUUUGUUUGAGACAGAUGUACAAAACAACAAGUUUAUUGAAUAUGGUGAAUAUAAAAACAACUACUACGGCACCAGCGUGGACUCGGUCCGGUCUGUGCUAGCGAAAAACAAAGUCUGCCUGCUGGAUGUGCAGCCGCACACAGUAAAGCAUUUAAGGACACUAGAAUUUAAGCCUUUCGUGAUAUUUAUAAAACCUCCAUCAAUAGAACGUUUAAGAGAGACAAGAAAAAAUGCAAAGAUUAUUUCAAGCCGAGAUGACCAAGGAGCUGCCAAACCCUUUACAGAAGAAGACUUUCAAGAAAUGAUUCAGUCUGCACAGAUCAUGGAAAGCCAAUAUGGUCAUCUCUUUGACAAGAUUAUAGUAAAUGAUGAUCUCACCGUGGCCUUCAAUGAGCUAAAAACAACUUUUGACAGAUUGGAGACAGAUACCCACUGGGUUCCAGUGAGCUGGUUGCAUUCAUAACUAA